CCCCUUAAGUCAGUGGAGUGGAGAGUUCCUGUGCACUGAGUCAUUUCGAUCCACGGGGAGACGGGCUGACAUCCGAGUGAGGCAGGUUGUCACAAAGCGAUGUUCGCGGCCAAAGGACAUGCAUUUUUCCUCACAAACACCCACCUCUAAAAAUAAAAUAAUCAUCUAAAAAAAAAAAAGAAAAAAAACAAGAUCUUGCAGCAUCGCUCAAGUUUUCACAAUGCCACCAAAAUGGCUGUGGCAAUUACGUAAUAGCACCGCCCCUCCCAUCCUCUCAAAGUCGGCACCCUCCCUUUCUCUCUCCUCCCUCGCUCGCUCGCUCGUCCUCAUAUUUAUGACACAGCAUCACGGGCAGCGGCAGUUCCCCUGCACUCGCUCAUCCUUGCAGGUUGCGCUCAUCCACACGCACCUGACGCCACCAAUCCUCACUUAAAUCGCAGCCACUCUUUAUUGCCUUCGGCGCACUUUUUAAUUCUUUCUUUGCAACUCACCAAAUAUGAGGACUCUUCUGGCUUGUGCCACUCUCGUGCUGGCAGCCACCUUGGCGCCAAACAUGUGUCAUGCAGCGGACUUCCCCGGGAGUUCACACCAGAAGUGGGAUGCAAGAGGACCCUACACUUUGGGAGCGGAGUCUGGUACCCCAGGCUCCUGCGCCAUCAAACUGAGACCGUCCGGCCAAUGCGGGUCAUCGGGGUCCGGUGCUGGAGCAGAGGAGGGCGACGAGUGCCCCUAUCAGGUAACCCUGCCUCCUCUCACCAUCCAGCUGCCCAAGCAGUUCAGACUACUGGAGAAGACAAUGAAAGAGCUGCAGAGCCUGAAGGAGGUGGUAAACAAGCUCAAGAGCAGUUGCCAGGAGUGCAGCAACACACGGGGGAGCGGAGUCUACGGCCACCAGCAGGCAGACCAGGGACAGAGGGGAGAUGUGGCAGGACUGGACCUGACUCGACAGGACGUGCAAACUGGGUCCAGCCAAGAAGAAAUGGACAACGUGAUGGUGUCGGGCACUCAUGUGGAAGGCACUGGAUUGGGACACGGACAUCAUUUUGGGAAAAUCACACCUGGUCCGAGCAGUAUGCAAGAGAUGCAGGUGAAGCUGAACCGGAUGUCGGUGAGCCUGCGCAAUGCCAGGAACCAAAUCACCAACCUGCAGGGUCGCAUGGAGGGCCUCAACCUGCUCAACAUGGACAACGUGCAGUCCAUGGUGGACAGACGCGUGGAGAACAUCACCGGCGUGGUCAACAAAUUGAGCUCCACCUGCACUACACAAUGUGCAUUACAGAAUACGCCACAGUUCAUCUUAACCCCUCGGGACUGUUCAGACUACAAUGUGCUGGAGACAAGGAAGAAUGGCGUGUAUCGCAUCACCCCCGACCCCCGCAACGGGACGUUCGAGGUCUAUUGUGAUAUGGAGUCCUUUGGUGGCGGCUGGACGGUUAUUCAGCAGCGACUCGAUGGGUCUGUCAGCUUCAACCGCACCUGGGCUGAAUACAAGAAAGGCUUCGGCAACCUCAGAGGUGAGUUCUGGUUGGGCAAUGACCACAUCCAUCUGCUGACAAAGGCCAAAGACAUGACGCUGCGUAUUGAGCUGGAGGACUUUGAGGGUGUGCGGGAGUACGCCAAGUACGAGCAGUUCUAUGUGGCCAAUGACUACCUAAGAUACAGGCUGUCCAUCAGCGGAUACAGUGGGACGGCCGGGAAUGCCAUCAGCUUCAACAAGCACUUCAACCACGACCAAAAGUUCUUCUCCACCCCGGACCGCGACAAUGAUAUGUACCCCUCGGGAAACUGCGGCGCCUACUACAGCUCCGGCUGGUGGUUUGACGCCUGCAUGUCAGCCAACCUCAACGGCAAGUACUACCACAAAAGGUACAAAGGGGUCAGGAACGGGAUCUUUUGGGGAACAUGGCAUAACAUGUCGACAGAGUACUACCCGACCAACUACAGGCAGGCGUUCAAGACGGUCAAGAUGAUGAUACGGCCCAAGAAUUACACCCCGUAAGAGGACUGGGGAAGGAAUAUGGAAAAAUGGACAGUCAGAAGUAGUACCGGAAACAGACUGUAGACUCACAUGCACAUACUUACACAUAUCGCCAAAUGUUCCACGUUCGCAAACCUGUUGGGCACGUUGAGCGCAGUCCAAAUUAGGGAUGUACCGAUACAUUAAUAUGUCCGGACUCAUUCUCACAAAAAUGCUUUAAUACUACGAUACCAAUAGCACUUAAUCACUGUAGUCCGGGCUGCACCGAGUUCCUCGAGCACCUGGCUCAGAGGCUACCUGGUCGAUCCUGACAGUACCAUAUCCGAGAUUAAUCCAUACAAGGCGAAGUACACAAGGACCUGUACAGUCUAAAUGUCAAUGGCUUAUUAAGUCAAUAGGUCAACCUAGUUCAUAACAGGCUUAACAUAAAGACCGGCUCCUUACAUUUUUUUUUUUUUUUUUUUAAACAGCGUUAAGACAAAAGAGAAGCGAUACUGUUAUCAUGUAUCACUUCAGUUUUCCUGGCGGUUUUAUUUUCGAACCUAAACGCCUUAUGUUGCAACCUGCAUUUAACAGCAAUGCCUUCUAAGAUUUAGAAAAACACACAGUUGUGUUAAAAUGUCACUGAUGACAAGUUGUUCAUCUGUAAAGUGUUACUUGAGUUAAAUUUAUGACAAUUUUUUUUUUGGUUUGAUUAAAAAUAAAAUACUUUUGGAUUACAAUUCCAAGAUACAAUUAGCGUAUCAAGUAGCAGGAGUUUGUAUUGACAAGUAUGCAAAUGUAAGUACAGUACUGUGUGGAAAAAAAAAAAAAAGUUAUCGGUGCAUCCCUAGUCUAAAGAAAAAUAACAAAAAUCAACUGUGCUGUCAGUUAUCCACUGUGGCAUGGUAAAUUUUGCAUUACCGUAAAAUGACAAUAAAGGAGAAUGGACUGUGAACAAUAAUGGACGAAUAGAAAUAUCACGCGAGCUGUGUAAAAGCUAGCCUCCUGCAGGGGCCAUCAUAAUAAAAGUUAUGUUACGAUGGAUGAUUUUUUUUUGUCCCCCCACUGAGGCUCCCUCAAUAAACCACUUCCUGUCCUGCUGCAUCUUUCUAUAAUACCAGCUCAGUGCACAGAAAUAAUUAAACUAAUGAGCUAUCAUUUUCCCCACUUUCAGUGCUUUCAUAAUUAACAGUAGCCACUCAAGUGAGGUAUACAAAAGCUGCAGAGUCCAUAUUCUGAGUGGGUCCAACUGGUGACAGGCAGCAGCACACAAGUAAUAGUCUUAUUGUUUUUUUUUUUUUUUUUUUUUUUUUUUUUAAUUAAA